AUGGGUGACGCAGAUAUCAAAGCAUCUUCCUGGAGACUGGUUGAGGUCGGCCGUGUCGUCCUCGUAACUGGUGGACCACACGAUGGCAAGCUUGCCGCGAUCGUUGAGAUCAUCGACCACAAGCGCGCUCUUAUCGAUGGCCCAGCAACCGACAAACUCGCAGCUGUCCCAAGACAAGCCAUUUCCCUCGCCAAUGUCGUCCUCACACCUCUCGUCCUCAAGGGUCUCCCAAGAGCCUCGCGCACUGGUGUUGUUCAAAAGGAGUGGGAGAAGGCCGGUAUCGAGAAGUUGUGGCAACAAAGCCCAUGGGCCCAGAAGCGUGAGAAGCAAGCCAAGAGAGCUGCUUUGACAGAUUUCGAGCGAUUUAAGGUUAUGAGAUUGAGGAAGAGAGCUGGAUUCCAAGUCAAGGUUGCCAGGGCUAAGAUCGCCGCGGCAUAG